AAAAAAGAGAUCUGAAUAUUGAGAGAACAAACCGUGAGAGAGAAGGGGAGAAAGAAGAAGAAGAAGAGAAAAGAGGGGAAAAUAAGGGAAAAGGAAGAGAUUGGAAGAAAUAAGUUUAAAGAUAAUCCUGAUAUUCUACCGGCGGGACGUCAGUAGGAUUUUCUUCUAUAUCAGCUUUGAGUUUUGUUGCUUUUGAGUCAGGCUUAUAGCUUGAUAGCAGGUCAUUUUGUUGGACCUUCAGAACCUGCUUUUUGGUUGUACUUUGUACCUUUCCUUUAUGUCUAGUUAGUGCUCCAAAACUCUGAACUUUUAUAAACUUUUGUAUUAAGACAAUUCAAUUAUAUUAUGAAAUUGAUUUUGUUAUUAAUGUUGUGUUGAACUCUGAUUGAGUUAGGAUAAGUUUGUGUGUAAGUUUGGGUUCGCAUAGGCAUGGAACCUUGGAGGGGAACCUUGCCUAUGUGCCGGCCAUGGAUCCGGGGAUCGGGUCGUGAUAAAAUGUGUGGUUAAUUAAUUAGAUAGGUACAGAUUUUAUUUAGAGGCCAAUAAGGUGACUUUCAAUUUACCGUAGAAGGCACCUUUUUCCCAUAUUUCAACAUCAUUCUCCUUGAAUAGACCAACUCCUCAUCUGUCUUGUUCCCAGCAGAGUUUUGUGAAGUUUCCUUUGUUUUCUCAGCCAACAAACAGGAAAAGUUCACGUUAAUCUGUCAUCCAUGGAAAAAUCGAACACACAAAAUCCAUGGUUUCAAUGACACUUGAAAUACAUAGAGUACUAAAUAUUACUUGCACGGAUAUAUGUCCUGCCUCUUUACAUUCCUUUAUUCUCCUAUAAUAGUUGUACAUCCUUUCGUUUCCCUGGCAACAUGGGCUUUUCUCAGAACUUGUUUUUGAUCAUCACAGCUUUAGUGGUCCUUGCUGAUGUUGCUACAGCCUGCUCCAAUGGACAAUGCAGGAUACUUGAUGGAUGCUCAUCCAACCAAGAUUGUGAAGCUGGGCUCUAUUGUUCCUCUUGCCUGGUAGGAUUUUCAGGUUCUAGAUGUGUAAGAUCAACCAUCACAAACCAAUUCAAGCUUCUGAACAAUUCUUUGCCUUUCAACAAAUAUGCAUUUUUGACAACCCAUAAUGCAUAUGCUAUUGAUGGAUACCCUUCUCACACCGGAGUCCCUCGAAUCACAUUUACCAAUCAAGAAGACAGCAUCACAGAGCAGUUAAAUAAUGGAGCUCGAGCCUUGAUGCUUGAUACCUAUGAUUUUCAAGGAGAUGUAUGGUUAUGCCAUUCAUUUAAAGGACAAUGUUAUGAUUAUACCGCAUUUGGUCCAGCAAUUGACACCCUAAAGGAAAUUGAAGCUUUCUUAGCAGCAAAUCCAACAGAAAUUGUUACAUUAAUCUUAGAAGAUUAUGUUCAAGCCCCAAAUGGACUGACCAAGGUCUUCACUGAUGCUGGGUUAAUGAAAUAUUGGUUUCCUGUGGCAAAAAUGCCAAAAAAUGGUCAAGAUUGGCCAUUAGUUAGUGACAUGGUCCAGAACAACCAAAGGCUACUUGUUUUCACUUCAAUUCAAUCCAAGGAAGCAAGUGAAGGCAUUGCUUACCAAUGGAAUUACAUGGUUGAAAAUCAAUAUGGGGAUGAUGGCAUGAAAGCAGGAAGCUGUGCUAACAGGGGAGAGUCACCUCCUCUUGAUGACAAGAGUAGAUCUUUGGUGUUGGUAAAUUACUUUAGAUCUAUCCCCAUGAAGGAACUCUCUUGUGAAGAUAACUCGGGGAAUCUCAUAAACAUGCUUCAUACUUGUGAUGGGGCUGCUGCCAGCAGGUGGGCAAAUUUUGUUGCUGUGGAUUAUUACAAGAGGAGUGAAGGAGGAGGAUCAUUUCAAGCCGUGGACCUGCUAAAUGGGAAGCUAUUGUGUGGGUGUGAUGAUAUCCAUGCAUGUGUGCCUGGAUCGACUUCAGGAGCCUGCACUCCCUACUAGCAUUGACAGUCAUCCACAAUACAAUAGAUUAGGGAUUUGGGAGAUUUUUAUUUUGUAAUAAAAUUAAUCCAAUUGUACUUGAGAAAACGGUAAACAUUCUGUAGCUGCAGUGGUGAUCAAAGAAACUUACUCCAAGAAUUUACGGCCUCAAA